AGAUGUUUUUUUAGUCUUUUUUUCUCUCUCUGGCCUUGAAACAAACUUCCACCUCGACUUUAUUCUCAAGUAGGUUAUAGAGACAGGGUUUAGUGGAGAGACGGGACAGACAAGGACAAAUCCACGAGACUAAAGAUAUUAGGACAUUGACUGGACGAAGAAGGCCGCCACGAUAUACCCGAGCCUUCAAGACUUUAAUCAUUCACUCAUUUCUCUUCUUGUUCUAAUCAUCAGAGACACAUACACACAACGAGAGCUAUGAAGUCAACGCUGGUGGUGUUUCUCUCUUUACUCGGCGUGUCUCAAGCAGCCAUCACACACGUUGGGUGCUACAGCUCUUUACCUUCGUCGUUUUCACAGAGUAGCGAAUACUCAUUCCAGAGUUCUUCAUACUGUGAAUCGCAAUGUGCAAACUAUGCCUACUUUGCGUUAACAAACGGUGGUACGUGUAUCUGUGGCUCCUCAGCACCGACGGACUCCACUUCGUCAUCACAAUGUAAUACGCCUUGUUACGGUUACGGCGACGAGACGUGCGGUGGCUCAAAUGCCUAUGAUGUGUAUUCCAAUAGCGACGUUAGUGCCAUUGCCGACGACUCCACAUCAAGCAGCACGACAACAAGUGGUACAGGUGCUACGACAAGCACGAACGCACAGACAACCAGCACAGACGGCUCAACAACCACUAAUCAACAGACAGGCACAACGUCUCAGCAAACUACACAAACCACAGAAUCCACCACACAGUCAGCACAGCAGACGAGAUCUGCAAUUUCCACGCAAGAGCAGAGUGGAUCCACAAUAGUGCUGUAUUCAACCGUUGCGAACACUGCAACGGCCACUGAAACUGCAACGAAAACGAUAUCUGCCACGGGCAGUACAUCAGCAACGUCCUCCUCCUCCUCCUCCACGGAAUCCUCGUCUUCAGCGUCGUCAACAGGCUCCACCGGCAAGUCCUCCAGCUCAAGCGCAGUAGGGCCAGCUGUGGGAGGUGCCAUAGGUGGUGUUGCUGCGCUGGUUCUUAUCGGCUUUGCCGUGUUCUUCUUCCGUCGUCGUCGUCAAGCCUCCAAGGAGCGCGAUGCGGAACUGGCAGACUCUGCUUAUAUCGGUGCUAUGAAGCGUGACAACUCGCAACUCAGCAGACCGUUGUCCAACCCAUUCCUGAGUAAAGACGAGUCGAUGGUGGACCAGCGACUCAAUCCUGUCAUGUUGGGAAGAAGACGUAUCAGUGAAGGUUCUCUCGCAGACGAGGCUGACUAUUCCAGAAAGAUCCUUCGUGUGGCGAACCCAGAUGAUGACAACUGACGGCGAGGAAGCUUGUCUUUUGUCCCGUUUGUCCAAGAACUCUUCUGUGUCUGUUUUAUAUACCCAUAUUUUUUUGUUCCUUGUAUCACGGUGUUACGAUUUUUAAGUUAUUUUAAGUUUAAUCGUGUAGGCCCC